CUCCUGCCUGUUGGAGUAUCUCUCCUUUAAAGGCUCUUUGGUGUUAUACACGUGGGGAAUUUGAACACAUCGCUUCCUCGCUAAAGGUUUAGAUCCAAAUCUGAGGAUGGCCAGUGAGGACGUGGAGCGGCUGCUGAUCCAGUUUCAGGAUGAGGAAGGAGUGGUUCUGGGUUCACCUUUUGAUGUUCCUCUAGACAUCACACCCGACAAACUACAGCUUGUCUGUAAUGCACUGCUACAGAAGGAGGAGCCUGUGCCACUGGCAUUUUUUGUGCGUGGAGAGGCAGAGGUGGUGUCCAGUCUGGGGUUGUGUGUGAAGGCUCUCUGUGUGGACACAGAGCAGGUCCUGCCCAUUGUGUACCAGCCUCAGGCUGUGUUCAGGGUCCGGGCGGUGGCACGCUGCACCAGCACGCUGCAGGGACACACAGAGGCUGUCAUCUCAACUGCUUUCAGCCCCACCGGGAAAUACCUUGCCAGCGGGUCAGGUGAUACCACAGUGCGUUUUUGGGACUUGACUACUGAGACGCCCCACCACACUGUCAGAGGACACACAAAUUGGGUACUGAGCAUCAGCUGGUCUCCAGACGGCAAGAAGCUGGCUUCAGGGUGCAAGAACAGUCAGAUCUGUCUGUGGGAUCCAGUGACGGGUACACAGCUGGGGAAGACUUUGACCGGACACUCCAAGUGGAUCACUUGGCUGAGCUGGGAACCUCUUCAUCUUAACCCAGAGUGCCGGUACUUGGCCAGUAGCUCUAAGGACGGCUCAAUACGUGUAUGGGACACCGUAUUGGGUCGUUGUGAAAAAAUCAUGACCGGACACACUCAGUCAGUCACCUGUGUGAAGUGGGGAGGAGAUGGACUUCUUUACACUUCCUCCCAGGACCGAACAAUCAAGGUCUGGAGAGCCAAAGAUGGCGUCCAGUGCAGGACUCUGCAGGGUCACGCCCACUGGGUGAACACCCUGGCUCUCAGCACAGACUACGUCCUGCGCACUGGAGCCUUUGAACCUGCAGACGCCACGAUCAACCCCCAGGACCUCACUGGAUCAUUGGAAGAACUGAAAGAAAAGGCUUUGCAGAGAUAUAAUAAAGUUAGGGGUUCAGCUCCAGAGCGCUUGGUGUCGGGCUCAGAUGAUUUCACCUUGUUCAUGUGGAACCCUGCAGAAGAGAAGAAGCCUCUGGCCAGGCUGACGGGUCACAGCGCUCUGGUCAACGAGGUGCUCUUCUCCCCAGACACCAGGCUCCUCGCCUCAGCCUCAUUCGACAAGUCCAUUAAAAUCUGGGACGGACGCACUGGAAAGUACUUAAUAUCCCUGCGUGGCCAUGUGGGCUCUGUGUAUCAAGUGGCUUGGUCCGCAGACAGCAGGCUGCUGGUCAGCGGCAGCAGCGACAGCACGCUCAAAGUGUGGGACAUCAAGACUGGGAAGCUGAAUAUGGACCUGCCCGGCCACGCUGAUGAGGUCUAUGCAGUGGACUGGAGUCCUGAUGGACAAAGAGUGGUCAGCGGUGGGAAAGACAAAUGUCUCAGAAUAUGGAGAAGAUAGACCCACCUCCGAUUCUCCCUCCUCACUUCGGCAGAGGAUUUCACAUCUUCUCCUAUCAGGAAGCCCGACAGCUGGAGCAAAGGUGGCUCGGCUGAACCUAAUCCCCCAUCGGGCUUCGUUACACUGUCUCACUGAUAGCAGUGUGUCCAGGGGCGCUAACCUAGUCAUGAUGGGGAAAGCCCUCUCUCUAAGGUUGGAUACCCAUGUGAGAAUAAUAACAACGAUGCAACACCCGAAAGCUGAGUGCGAAUGUUAAACUUGGGACUUUCGAAUCAAUUAUGGCCCUGACGUACUACUUAAUUUAAAGCUGUAUCAUAGUGCCAUGCUUAUAUGCAUAAACCACAAACAUCAUUAUGUAUCCUAUUAUAAAUACAGAAUAUAACCUUAAGAAUUGAGAUGCAUAAAUUGAGAGCUUAAAAAAGUAUUUAGCCCUACUAGAUGAACUAUAUACUGUGGAUGGACGUGGCAACAGGUGGGAGUGUUUAAUACCUUCCUCUGUGAUUUAAAUGACAACCUCGCUCGCCCUCUAACUUCAGCUUUUAAUCUUCUCUGUCCGCAAUCUGUCUGAUCCUCCCUCCCAUUGCGGAAAAACCAGGUCCACCAUUCCAGCAAAAAUAACCUGUUUCACUUUCUGUAUUUUACCGGCUUUGUGAAUAUUGGAUAUGAAUAAAUAUUUUACAUCAAAACAUAA